AUGUCUGUCGAAUUCAAAACUAUCCUGAAGCCGAAGUUCUGCUACAUGCGAGUUCAACUGAGCAUUGCGAAUGUUCCAUCGACAUUUCUUGAUCUUCGGAUGUACAAGAGCGUAGUUAUCUCUUCCAUCCACGACAUGUACGGCGAUGUUGGGCUGCCAGGAACGAUCGACGUGAUUGAGAUGAUGGAAGACAAAUCCGCGAUCAUCCGCGCUCCAUUCGAGAAAGCGACAGAGCUCAGAAACGCUCUGUCCUUCAAGUCAAAGUUUGACGGCAACGAGUGCGUUCUGCGAGUGCUCAAGGUCGCUGGUACUCUGAUCUCGGUGCAGAACACUGGGACUUUCCAGCAUCAGUCGCUACCAGAACCGUGUGCGUGA